AUGAGCGGUGGUGACUGGUCGGAGGAAUUCCGCAUCCUUGCCUUGAACGGCAAGAUGGAUGGAUCUGCACUGGUGUACUUCGAGAGGAUGCUUCCACUCUGGACGGCGGAGUCGCCGACACUGGAACAUGUGAUGAAUAGAAUGUUAGUACCGACGUGGGCGGAGCACUUUCAGUACUUGACGUACGUAGCUGAAAGGUCGGGGUGUUCGGAUCUACACGUGAUACAGUGUUUGUGUAAGUCCGCACCGGGUUACUUGCAGAGUGCCAUGCUCACAAGGCUGAACUCACAGCGCAUGGAUCACUUGCAGCAAGCUACGGAGUUAGUGGCUUUUGCGAUUGAGUACGAGGCAAGCAUGGGCAAGUACGAACGAUCUCGUAGUCAAGGAGGCCGCGGCAACAGAGAACAUGGUCGGUUCCAUGGUAGUAACCGAGGUGUCCACGGUGAACGAGGACAGGAAACCGUCUCACGCGUAGACGAUACUGACACUCGCAGAUGCUACAACUGCAACGAGAUUGGACAUAUUGCAAGAAAUUGUCCAGCGAAGAAGAAUAACGGUGCCAAAGAGAUCAAGCUGUUGAAGAACGCAGUGGACUGUGACGAUCAAUACAGAGCGGCGAAUGGUGAGAACAUAAGGGUAAUCAAGAAAGGCUCUGUGGAGCUCAAGACGAUCGUGGAUGGACGAGAAGUCGUGGUGGACAUUUCGGAUGUUCAUUACGCUGAGAACUUAGCCGACAACAUCAUGAGUUACGGCAGAUUGGAGGAGAAAGGUGUGUACCUUGAGCGUCACGACGGCAAAAGCUACAUGGUGCAGCAGAAGAGUGGAGUAGAUUGGAUGACCCGCCUGUAA